AUGUUUUCUUCCACAGCCCGUAGUCGACGGCUUAUUCCUCGACAAGUGAUGCCUUGGAUCACUGCCUCCUUCCCUAUUACCACAACACGUCACAUAUCGAAUAUACCAUCUUCUUCUACUUACGUAGCCCCGAUAGCCAACACUACGUCAAUGGAAAUGCCCCCGGUUAUCUCCAAAUCCCAUCUGGAAGAGGGAGAGUUCUGGCGUGAACUAGCCCUUUACAGGGAUGUCAGCCUCCGUGACUUCUACUCUUGGUCAUGGAAUAUAAAUAAUAUAUUAGAGCAGAAGAAUAAACUGUCCGAAACCCUUUACUCUCUGCUUCCAGACGAGGUACCCCGAUCGGUGAGUAUAGGGGGUAUGCAAACAGCUGACGAAUUUGUUACCGAUGUUUGGGGUGGGAUCAAAAAAUCCGCCAUGUCUGUACGUGUCGUGCCUUACGUCCUGAGUAGAAUUAACUGGGCGGACCCUGCGAAUUGCCCAGUAUUUCGACAGUUCAUCCCAUUGAAAUCGAUAAUGAUCAAAGACCACCCAAAAGUCGAACCCGACUCCCUCCACGAAUUACAGGACAUGCCAGUCGAAGAUGUCGUACAUAGAUAUCCCGAUAAAGCUCUCUUUCUUCGUAAGAUGACAAGCACACUCGUCAAUGGAAACAUGGCUGAAAAAUCUCUAGCUCUCUCCGUAUGUCCGACCUACUGUAUCUUCUGCACAAGAUCAUACGGCGUAGGCGCCCACACGUAUAUCACCAAAAAGACAUUCAAGCUCGGGAAGAAGAAGCUGGAAAACGCGUUCGCCUACAUGAGAAGCCAGCCCCAGCUCAAAGACAUUGUUAUCUCCGGUGGCGAUGCGUAUUACCUGCCAUCCCAUAUUCUUGAAUGGAUCGGGGACGAGCUGAUCAGCAUGGACAAUAUCGAGCGGUUCCGAAUCGCAACUAAGGGUCUGGCGGUAGCCCCCAAUCGAAUCCUCGAUGACGAAGAUGACUGGACGGCGGCACUCAUUCGGAUCUCAAACAAAGCGAGGAAAGCUGGCAAACACUUCGCCCUCCACACGCACUUCAACCAUCCCAAUGAGAUAUCGUGGAUCACAGAGAAGGCCAGUCGCAAGUUAAGUGAAGCCGCGGUUACAGUUCGCAACCAAACAGUCCUACUGCGCGAUAUCAACGACAAUGUCGCGACUAUGUCGUCCUUGAUCCAGAAGCUCGCCAAAAUGCAUAUCCACCCAUACUACGUAUAUCAGUGUGACAUGGUCCCGCGAGUCGAGCAUCUACGGACUCCGCUCCAGACUAUCCUCGAUCUGCAAAAGCAACUGCGCGGUUCGAUCGCCGGGUUCGACAUGCCGAAUUUCGUCGUCGACCUUCCCGGGGGCGGUGGCAAGAGAUUGGCGUGUGACUACGAAUCGUAUGACCGGGACACUGGCGUGUCGACGUUCCUGGCACCGGUCAUCACGAAGAAUGGUAAGGAAGGAAAGAUAUAUGAGUACUAUGAUCCGAUCAAGCCUUCUUCGUAG